UGUAAGUGAGGAGAAACUGAUGAGACUCAUAUGAGGAGUACAGAGAAUACUUUGUGCCCCUGUUGGCGAGAUGGUUGAGUCCUCGCCAAGGUUGCCGAUGCUUGUCUCCUAAAAAAACCCUCCUUAUAGAUCCAGACGCGCUCCAGCGAGCGGUUUCCUCUCCACGCCGAGGAAUAUCCAUCUCUCCCGGACACUUGAGAACAUGAAAGGAGCUGGAAACGAGGGAUGGCAUGGAUAUCUAAUGUCACCACAUAGAGGAUGUAUCACAUGCGGUCGUGCGAACUCUUAUCACGCUAAAACAAUGACGAUUCAAGCUGGAUUUAUCAUUUGGAUUAUAGUGUUUGCCUUUAUAUUCACGUGUGUGCAAGGCUUCAUUUAUACAUGUGGUGGGACAUUAAAAGGGAAAAAUGGGACCAUUGAAAGUCCAGGUUUUCCUCAAGGAUACCCCAAUGGAGCGAACUGUACUUGGGUUAUUGUAGCAGAGGAGAUGAACAGAAUUCAUAUAGUUUUUCAGUCCUUCGCUGUGGAGGAAGAAUAUGACUUUUUAUCUUUAUAUGAUGGACAUCCUCAUCCUGCCAACUUCAGAACGAGGUUAACAGGAUUCCAGGUUCCAGCGCCUGUCACAAGUUCUGGAUCCAUUAUUUCUCUGCGUCUUACCAGUGACUUUGCUGUAAGCGCUCAUGGAUUUAAAAUAUAUUAUGAAGAGCUACAGAGCAGUUCGUGUGGGAAUCCAGGAGUUCCUGCCAAAGGUAUCCUUAACGGAACGAGCUUCAAUGUGGGAGACAGAAUCCGAUACCACUGUGUCUCUGGUUACACACUUGACGGCCACGCGCAGCUCACAUGUGUCACCAGCACAUCUAAUGUAGCCGUGUGGGAUUUUCCUGUUCCCAUCUGCCGAGCUGAAGACACCUGUGGUGGGACUUAUCGUGGGUCCAGCGGGAUCAUCUCCAGUCCAGACUUUCAGAAGGACUACCAGAGCAGUGGGGAAUGCACAUGGACUAUCCUCGCUGAUCCAGGAGACACCAUCUCACUGGUUUUCACAGAGUUUCAGAUGGACAGCAAACUGGACUCUUUGGAAGUCGAGGGAUCUGAUCCGCCAACCAUAUGGCUAUCUGGAAUAAAUCUUCCUGUGCCCAUCGUCAGCAACAAGAACUGGUUACGACUUCAUUUCAUUACAGACAACAGUCAUCGGCAUAAAGGAUUUAGUGCUCAAUAUCAAGUGAAGAGAUCUGGGGAUGUCAAGUCAAGGGGAGUAAAGUUAUUACCAGGAAAAGACAACACAAGUAAAUUUUCAAUAAUGAAUGAGGGCAUGGUCAAGCAGGUCUCCAACUUCUGCCCGGACCCCGGAGAACCGGAGAACGGCAAGCGUGUUGGCACCGAUUUCAGCAUUGGCGCGACGGUUCACUUCACCUGCGAUGGAGACCAUGUGCUUCAGGGAUCCAAGAGCAUCACAUGCCAGAGGGUGGCUGAGGUGUUCGCCGCCUGGAGCGACCACAGACCUGUUUGUAAAGUGAAAACUUGCGGGAUGAACCUGUUCGGACCUUCAGGAACAUUCACAUCACCCAACUUCCCCAUUCAGUAUGAAAGUAACUCUCAGUGUGUUUGGAUCAUCACCGCCAGUAACCAUAAUAAGGUUAUUCAAAUCAAUUUCGAAGAGUUCGACUUGGAGCUCGGAUAUGAUACGUUGACCGUGGGAGACGGUGGCGAGGUCGGGGACUCGAAAACCAUCAUACAAGUGUUAACAGGCAGUUUUGUUCCCGAUCUAAUCGUCAGUAUGACCCAUCAGAUGUGGCUGCAUCUGCAGUCGGACGAAAGCGUCGGCUCUAUUGGUUUUAAAAUCAACUAUAAAGAAAUUGAUAAAGAAAGCUGCGGAGACCCCGGCAUCCCGCUGUACGGCCUCCGAGAGGGAAGCGGUUUCUCCAACAGAGACGUUCUGAGAUUUGAAUGCCAGUUUGGGUUCGAGCUCAUCGGCGAAAGAACGAUUACCUGUCAGAAUAACAAUCAGUGGUCUGCUAACAUCCCCAUCUGCAUAUUUCCCUGCAUGUCCAACUUCACGGCUGCAAUGGGCACGGUUCUGUCCCCGGACUAUCCCGAAGGUUACGGCAACAAUCUCAAUUGCGUGUGGUUGAUUGUCGCUGAACCGGGUAGCCGCAUUCAUCUUGCCUUCAAUGAUUUUGAUCUGGAGCCUCCUUACGACUUCUUGACGGUGAGGGACGGGGAGCUUGGGGAUGCCUCGGUGCUGGGACGCUUUUCCGGUGCGGAAGUGCCAUCCCACCUCACCAGCAACUCCAACAUCUUUCAGCUGGAGUUUCAGGCGGAUCACUCGAUGUCCGGUCGAGGUUUCAACAUCACGUACAGCACGUUUGGACACAACGAAUGCCCGGAUCCCGGAGUGCCCAUGAAUGCCAAACGCUUUGGUAAUAAUUUCCAGCUGGGAAGCUCCAUAUCGGUCGUGUGUGAGGAGGGAUUCAUAAAGACGCAGGGCUCGGACACAAUUGUGUGUGAGCUGGAGGCAGGAAAGGUGAUGUGGAGCGGACUGAUCCCCAAGUGUGAAGCGCCCUGCGGAGGUCAUUUCACAGCGCCGGUGGGAGUCAUCUUGUCCCCUGGGUGGCCCGGUUACUACAAAGACUCCCUGAGCUGCGAGUGGGUCAUCGAGGCCGAGGUGGGACGUUCCAUCAAGAUAAGCUUUGACAGGUUUCAGACAGAACUCAAUUAUGACUUUUUGGAGGUUCAUGAUGGGCCUAAUCUCCUCUCGCCCCUAAUCGCCUCUCUAAACGGCACCCAGGUCCCCCAGUUCCUGUUCAGCAGCGGAAACUUCCUGUAUCUUCUCUUCACCACUGAUAACAGUCGCUCCAACAGCGGCUUUAAGCUCUUUUAUGAAAGUGUUACUCUGGACACACAUUCAUGCUUGGAUCCUGGCGUGCCGGUGAAUGGAGUUCGAUACGGUAAGGAUCUGUCCAUUGGCUCGGUGGUGUGGUUUGGCUGUGAGCCCGGCUAUAGACUGAGCCAUGAAGAGCAGCUGGUGUGUGAGGAGAAUCACUGGUGGAGUCGCCCGCUGCCCACAUGUGAUGCUCUGUGUGGAGGUGAUGUGCAAGGUCCAGAGGGAAUCAUCCUCUCUCCCGGCUUUCCAGAGCUCUAUCCCAACUCAUUAAACUGUACCUGGACUGUGGAGGUCAGUCACGGCAAAGGAGUGCAGUUCACAUUUCACGCCUUUCACCUGGAGGAUCAUCAUGACUACCUGCUUCUGACCGAGAACAGCAGUUUUGUGCGUCCCCUUGCCCGGCUCACUGGUUCACAGCGACCCCCGCUAAUCAACGCCGGCCUAUACGGCAACUUCAAGGCACAACUUCGCUUCAUCUCUGACUUCUCCAUCUCCUUUCAGGGAUUCAACAUCUCUUUUUCAGAAUAUGACCUGGAGCCAUGCGAUGACCCCGGUGUGCCCCAGUUUGGCAAACACAGCGGUGAAAGUUUUGGCAUCGGUGACACGCUGUCGUUUUCUUGUGACCCUGGGUAUCGGCUGCAGGGCGCUCGUGAGAUCUCAUGCCUGGGCGGCGGGCGGCGCAUAUGGAGUGCACCUCUGCCAAGGUGUGUGGCGGAGUGUGGGGCGACCGUUUCCAAGAACGCCGGUGUCCUGCUGUCUCCAAACUAUCCGCGCAAUUACGAGAACAACCACGAGUGCAUCUAUAACAUUCAGGUCCAGGCGGGAAAAGGAAUCAAUAUCACGUCCAGCACUUUUCAUCUGGCUAAAGGCGACGUCCUCAAGGUAUAUGAUGGGCCAGAUAACACAGCAGAAGUUCUGGGGGCUUUCACAGCCACAUCAAUGUUGGGUCAGUCACUAACCAGCACAUCUAAUCACCUGUGGCUGGAGUUUAACUCUGAUCAAGAGGACACGGCAGGAGGAUUUAAGCUUGUUUACAACAGCUUUGAACUUUCUCAUUGUGAUGACCCCGGCAUACCUCAGUUUGGAUCCAAAGUCAGCGAUCAGGGCCACUUUGCCGGGAGUAUGGUCACGUAUCGCUGUGAUGCUGGAUACAGUCUUCACGGCAGCAGUAUAUUGAGAUGUAUGACAGGAGAGAGACGGACAUGGGACAACCCCCUUCCAUCCUGUAUAGCCGAGUGUGGGGGAAGUUUUAAAGGUGAAUCAUCCGGACGGAUUCUGUCUCCCGGUUAUCCUUUUCCAUAUGACAACAACCUCCGUUGCACCUGGACCAUCGAGGUCGACUCUGGCAACACUGUCAGUCUCCAGUUCUUGGCGUUCGACACCGAGGCGUCCCAUGAUAUCCUGAAGGUGUGGGACGGACAACCUGAGAAUGAGAUGGUCCUGAGGGAAGUCAGCGGUUCUCUGUUACCCGAUGGCAUCCAUAGCACCCUCAAUGUUGUCACCAUCCAGUUUGAGACAGACUUCUACAUCAGCAAAUCUGGAUUUGCCAUUGACUUCUCAAGUUCAGUGGCGACCGCCUGCCGGGACCCGGGGACGCCCAUGAACGGCAGCCGCAGCGGUGAAGGGAAGGAGCCGGGCGACACCGUGACCUUUACGUGCGAUCCGGGCUACGACCUGCAGGGAGAGCCCAGGAUCACCUGCAUUCAAGUGGACAACAGGUUUUACUGGCAGCCCAGUCCACCUACCUGCAUCGCUCCUUGCGGUGGAAACAUUACAGGAUCUUCUGGAUUCAUUUUGUCUCCAAACUUUCCCCACCCUUAUCCGCACAGCAAGGACUGUGAUUGGUUCAUCACGGUUCACCCUGAUUAUGUCAUCUCAUUAGCAUUUAUCAGUUUCAGCAUUGAACCCAAUUAUGAUUUCCUGUAUAUCUAUAACGGACCGCACAGUAACAGUCAUCUGAUUGGCACAUUUCAAGACAGUAAGUUGCCUGAGAAAGUGGAAAGCAGCUCCAACAUCAUGCACAUCGCCUUCCGCAGCGACGGCUCCGUGAGCUACACCGGCUUCCAUCUGGAAUACAAAGCUAAACUGCGUGAGGCUUGUUUUGACCCGGGCAGUGUGAUGAAUGGCACGCGGCUGGGCGGAGACUAUAAGCUGGGCUCCACCGUGACCUUCCACUGUGAUCCAGGCUAUGAGCUUCAGGGUUAUUCCAGUCUCACCUGUGUCAUGGGCGGCACAAACAGACCCGAAUGGAACAGAGCUCUUCCCAGCUGUCAAGCUCCUUGUGGAAGCCGGUCGGCGGCAUCUGAAGGCACGGUGCUGUCCCCAAAUUAUCCCCGCAACUACACCGCGGGUCAGAGCUGCGUCUACGAGAUCUCCGUGCCGGGAGAGUUCGUUCUCUUCGGUCAGUUUGUGUUCUUUCAGACGACCUCUAAUGAUGUGGUGGAGAUCUUCGAUGGACCCUCAGUGGAGUCGCCUCUCCUCACCUCUGUUUAUGGCUCUCACCCAGGAGAACCCUUGCCACUGAGCUCUGCCAACGAAAUAACCAUCAAGUUUAAAACUGAAGGUCCGGACACGGCAAAGGGUUUUCAUUUUGUAUAUCAAGCUGUUCCCAGAACCAGUGCUUCCCAGUGUAGCUCCGUGCCCGAGCCUCGCUACGGGAAACGGAUCGGGAAUGACUUCGGAUUGGGCACUGUCGUGCUUUUCGAAUGUAACCCAGGUUACACUUUACAUGGAGCAAAUGCCAUUAGGUGUGAGGCGGUUCCCAACUCUGUAGCCCAGUGGAAUGGCACGGUACCAACAUGUGUCGUUCCCUGCGGAGGUGUCCUGACCACACGUCGUGGAACCAUCCUGUCGCCCGGUUACCCGGAUCCCUAUGACAACCACCUGAACUGUGUUUGGAAGGUCUUCGUGCCUGAGGGAACUGGAAUCCAAAUCACAGUUGUUACAUUUUCCACCGAACACAACUGGGACUCACUGGACUUUUAUGAUGGCGUUGACAGCAACUCUCCAAGACUCGGCAGCUAUUCAGGGACCACGAUACCACCCCUGUUGAACACCACGUCCAACAACCUGUACCUGACCUUUCAGACCGACAUGAGUGUUUCUGGAGCAGGUUUUCACCUGGAAUAUACAGCAAUAGGUUUGGACUCCUGCCCAGAACCGCAGACACCCAGCAAUGGAGUGAAAGUGGGCGACCGUUAUUUCGUGGGUGACGUUGUCUCGUUUCACUGUGAACAAGGCUACACUCUCAAGGGAAGUGCAUAUAUAACGUGCAUGCCAGGACCCGUCAGAAGAUGGAACUAUCCAGCUCCUCUGUGCCUUGCUCAAUGUGGCGGCUUCUUGUCUGAGAUGAAUGGAGUCAUUUUGAGUCCUGGAUUUCCUGGAAAUUAUCCCAGCGGCCUUGACUGCAACUGGACGUUGCAGCUUCCUAUUGGUUUUGGAAUUCACCUGCAAUUUCUUAACUUCUCCACGGAGGCCGUGCACGACUACCUGGAAGUUCGUAGCGGGACGCUGGAGUCGGGCUCUGUGAUCGAUCGGUUCAGCGGGCCUGUUGUACCAGAAUCUUUUUUCAGCACGACCCACGAGACCAGCUUCUUCUUCCACAGCGAUUACUCCCAGAACAAACCCGGUUUUCACAUCACCUACGAAGCGUACGAGCUGCAGAGGUGUCCUGACCCGCGACCCUUUCGUAACGGUUUGGUGAUCGGCAGUGAUUUGGGAGUGGGGAUGACCAUCUCUUUCCAAUGCCUGCCGGGAUACACCCUGUUGGGGAACGCAUCCCUUACGUGCCUGCAUGGCGUCAGUCGAAACUGGAACCACCCCGUCCCGCGCUGCGAAGCACUUUGUGGUGGUAAUAUCACAGCCCUGAAUGGAACCAUCUAUUCUCCGGGCCACCCGGCCGACUACCCCAAUUUGAAAGACUGCAUAUGGAGCGUCAGAGUUCCUCCAGGCAACGGCAUCCAAAUCAACUUCACCGUGCUCAACACGGAGCCCAUCUAUGACUACAUCACCAUCUGGGAUGGCCCCGACCAAACAUCUCCACAGAUCGGUCAAUACAGCGGCAGCUCGCCUCAAGAGGCCGUCUCCAGCAUGUCCAAUCACAUCCUUCUGAAGUUUCACAGCGACUUCAGCACCAGUGGAUUCUUUGUUCUCCGUUACCAUGCCUACCAACUCCGCAUCUGUCAGCCUCCCCCACCUGUCGCCAACGCCGAGGUCUUGGCUGAAGACAACGAAUUCCAGAUCGGUGACAUCAUCAGGUACCGCUGCCUGCCGGGCUUCACACUCCUCGGGAGCGAGAUCUUGACCUGUAGGCUGGGUGAGCGAUUGCAGAUGGAUGGUCCUCCUCCGGUCUGCCAAGUUCAGUGUCCUGACAACGAGGUUCUUUUCGACUCAACGGGCGUAAUUCUAAGUCCAGGAUAUCCAGACAGCUAUCCGAACCUUCAGAUGUGCUCCUGGAUGGUCAACGUGGAGAAGGGCUACAACAUCACGCUGCACUUUGAGCUCUUCCAGACCGAGAAAGAGUUUGAUAUUCUGGAAAUCUUUGAUGGGCCCAAUAUUUACAGUCCAAGUAUGGCGGUGCUUAGCGGAGACCUCAGCGUGCCCUUUAAUUUGACCACGACGGGUCAUCAGGUGUUGUUACGCUGGUCGUCCGAUCACGGCACCAACAAAAAAGGCUUUCGAAUCACUUACGUGGGUGAGUAUCAAACGAUGUACUGCAGUACACCUGACUCUCCUCAGCACGGGUUCGUGGUCAGUCAGACGGGCGGCCACGCCAACAGCGUCGUCCGCUGGGCCUGCGACCGCGGCUACAGGCUCGUCGGAAAAAAUAUGGCCGUUUGCAAGAGAACCGAGCUCGGAUAUCUGGCCUGGGACUCGUCUGUGCCUGCCUGUCAAGCUGUGUCCUGCGGCACACCUGUGGCUCCGGCGAAUGGAGGAGUGCUGGCCGCGGAUUAUUCCUCAGGAACACGAGCGACAUAUUUCUGUAACGAUGGUUUCAGGCUGUCCUCCAAAGAGGUGACCAGCACCGUAUGCCAGGCCGACGGCACGUGGAGCAACCGCAAUAAAAUCCCUCGUUGCACAGUUGUGGUGUGUCCCAGCAUUGGCUCCUUUACCCUGGAUCACGGCAAGUGGCGGAUUGUAAACGGCUCUCGUUACGAAUUCGGCACUAAAGUGGCCUUUACCUGUAACCCCGGCUACUACCGGCUGGGCCCCGCCCACAUUUUUUGCACAGCCAAUGGAACAUGGAGCUGGAGGAACGAGCGACCUCGCUGCAAGAUUAUUUCGUGUGGAGAGCUGCCCACUCCUCCUAAUGGAAAGAAAAUUGGAACGCAGACGACCUUUGGAUCCACCGCCAUUUUCACCUGCAACUCGGGCUAUAUUCUGGUGGGCUCCACUGUACGGGAAUGUCUGGCUUCGGGUCUUUGGAGCGGGACGGAAACGCACUGUCUGGCUGGUCACUGUGGCGUUCCGGAGAGGAUUGUGAACGGUCAGGUGAUCGGUGAAAACUUCGGCUACAGGGACACGGUGGUUUAUCAAUGCAAUCCGGGUUUUCGUCUCAUCGGUUCCUCUGUGCAAAUAUGCCAGCAGGAUCACAACUGGUCCGGGCAGCUCCCUUCCUGCGUGUCCAUCAGUUGCGGUCAUCCGGGCAGUCCUAUCUACGGCCGUACCAUUGGAGACGGCUUCAACCUCAAUGACGUGGUGACUUUCUCCUGUAACAACGGCUACGUUCUUGAAGGUCCGUCUCAAGCGCAGUGCCAAGCCGAUCGUCAGUGGAGCCAACAGCCACCCACAUGUAGAGUCAUUAACUGCACUGAUCCUGGAAUUCCAGCCAACUCCAUCAGAAAGAGUAAAAUUGAGUACGGCAACUUCACCUUUGGAACCGUGGUGUCCUAUGAUUGCAAUCCUGGCUAUUACCUUUUCGGGUCAUCAGUUCUCACCUGCCAGCCCGUGGGUUACUGGGACAAGCCAUUACCAGAGUGCCUGGAUGUAGACUGCGGUCACCCCGGUUCCCCUCCUAAUGCGGUUGUGAUCGGGGAGAAAUUCACCUUCGGUUCAACGGUGCACUACAGGUGCUUAGAUGACAGAGUUUUGAUUGGUGAUUCGACUCGAAGCUGUCAGCUGAAUGGCCAAUGGAGUGGCUCACAGCCCCAUUGCUCAGGUGAUAAAAGGAGCACCUGCGGGGAUCCGGGCACGCCGGCCCACGCCACCCGAGAGGAGAGCAGCUUUCAGCAGCACGCAAAAGUUCGAUUCACUUGCUCCACGGGUCACACUCUAUACGGCUCGGCAGAAAGGAUCUGUUUUCCCAACGGCACCUGGUCGGGCCGACAGCCCACAUGUAAACCUGUUCAAUGCGAGAACCCAGGGACUCCGGCUAAUGGGCGCAUUUUGGUUGUGGAUGGCACCACCUUCUCUCACUCCAUCAUCUACUCGUGCGUGGAUGGAUAUCGGCUGUCUGGUUCAGCUUCACGUCAGUGUCUGGCGAACGGCACCUGGUCUGGCGCCGAGCCCAACUGUACAUUGAUUAACUGUGGAGAUCCAGGUGUUCCUGCCAGUGGGCUGAGGAGCGGGGACGACUUUACCAUCGGAAAGAACGUGACUUAUACCUGCCAACCUGGGUACGUUAUGGAAAACGGGAGCACUUCUACUCGCACCUGCACCCACAACGGCACCUGGAGCGGCACGUUACCCACCUGCCGAGCGGUGACGUGUGGUCCUCCUCCCAGUAUCUCCAGUGGUGACGUGGAGGGCUCUGUGUUCGAAUGGGGCAUCAGCGUGAGUUACCGCUGUCAGACGGGUUAUGAACUUUCCUUCCCUGCUGUCCUCACGUGUGUUGCCAGCGGCUCCUGGAGUGGAGAGCUUCCUCUGUGCCUGCCCAAGUUCUGUGGCGACCCUGGGUUGCCUGCACGAGCCAGAAGAGAGGGACCGAGUUUCAUCUUUAAAUCUGAGGUCACCUACAGCUGCAGCGCCCCCUACGUGCUGGUGGGCUCCUCUACACGCUCGUGUCAAGCGGAUGGCAUUUGGAGCGGAUCCCAGCCGCGCUGCAUAGAACCGACCAAGACCACGUGUGAAAAUCCAGGCACCCCGGAGUACGGCUCUCUGAACAGCAGUCUCGGCUUUAAGGUGGGCAGUACGGUGAAGUUUCACUGUCAGAGCGGUCAUCUGUUACUGGGCUCCACCACACGUACGUGCCAGGAAGAUUUAACAUGGAGUGGCACUCAGCCCGAAUGCAUUCCUCACUCCUGUAAGCAACCAAAGACUCCACCGCAUGCCAACGUGCUGGGCAUGGACCUUCCCUCUUUUGGCUACACACUGCUUUAUUCCUGCCAGCCUGGUUUCAUCCUCACCGGAGGCUCAGAGCACAGGGUGUGCCGCGCGGAUGGGUCCUGGACUGGGAAGGUACCCGUCUGUAGAGCUGGCUCAAAAACAACAGAAAAAGUCGUAACGCCUGUUCAAGGAACUUCAAGUCCGAAAGUCAACGUCCCCGACGACGUGUUUGCACCCACGUACACGUGGAAAGGUUCCUUCGAAUAUAAAGGAGUGAAAGAGCCGAUGAGUCUGACGAUCACCAGUUUUAAUGCCAGCUCGGGGAAAGUCAACGUGACUUUAACUAACAGACACUCAGAACUGCUGUUGUCAGGUGUGUAUAAAAGCAGAGACGCCCGUAUGACCUUGCAGCUGUAUCACAUGAGAGCUGUGGUGAAGAGAACAUACAACAAGAUCACAGAGGAAACCUUCAUCAUGGACGGCUUUGUCUCUGCUGACCAUGAGGGAAACACAUACUUGUAUCAAGGCAUCAUACAAGGCAGAGACUACGGCCCAUUUGGAUUACAGAGACAAGGUCUGAAUAUAAUGGAGGCCACAAAAAGCCCAGAGGUUCCACCAAGAACCAACAGCAGCUCUGUGGCCGUUGCCAUUCUGGUGCCUUUCUUUGCCUUGAUCUUCGCAGGAUUUGGCUUUUAUCUUUAUAAACAGAGGAAGUCUGAUAAAACUGAGUAUACCGGAUGUUCUGUGCAUGAAAACAACAACGGUCAGGCUACGUUCGAAAACCCCAUGUACAGCACCAACUCCAAAUCCAUCGAGGGAAAGGUCGUCCGCUUCGAUCCCAAUCUCAAUACGGUUUGCACAAUGGUUUGAGGGCUUGACGCCAUCACAAUUAUCACUUUUGUAUCGAUAUAUUACUACAUGAUAUAUGAAUUUUACUUCGGAGGAACUUUCAAGCACAGAUUUGGGAUCCGACGGUCACACGGUGACUCAAAGCUUUGCGUGGAUUUGCAGGAAAACUAAAUCUCUUCACCGUUUGAGUGGGGAAAUAUAUAUGAAAUAGAUCUCACUCUGAGAGUGUCGAUUUUGUAUUUAAAAAGAAACUAAAUGCUAAAUGUGUAUUUUUUUUUUUGACGUGACAUGUUCAUAAGGGAUUUUUAAAGCCAUUUCUUGAAUAAAGGGACGUUCACAUAUACACUGUUUGCAGACGAAUUUUACUGGAUUUUUUUUUUAACAUUAUCCAAAAACUAUUGCCUGAAGUUAUGGCCAGUUUUUUCAGCUGUACUCCUCUAGAAAUGAUUUGUUGCACCCCAGGCAAGUACAGCUACCGAUGUAAUUGAACUGACUUGAGUUUCUGUAGUUUUGUUUUUUAUAGGAUUUGUUUUUGCCCAGAUACAACAAGCAUAUAAAGAAAAUCAUGCGUGAAGAAACGUGUCAGGCAUUCUGAGCGAGUUUAAAUCAUGCAUUGAUAAUCAUUCAUCUGCUGUGUGAUAUGAUGUAUUAUACACUGUAACAAUUUACAUACAAACACAAACCCCUGCGUUAUGGUAAUGUUUAGCUGCCAGGAAACUGAUAACCUGUCAAAAUAGAAAGGCGUCUUGUUUUUCCGUAAUGCAUCUCAUUGGUGGAUUUCAUCUAUGUUAGGGCAUCCAACAGCACAACAGUGUGUGUGCGUACGUGUGUGUGAACGUCCCUUUAGUUGUCAUCAUAUGCAUUAAGUUCAUCAUUACAGCAUUACUUAAACCUUCUGACCUCAUCCGCAUCGCUUAAUGAACAUCAGCGUUCCUAUUGGAUGAUGCUCAACUUUCAAAUCAUGGAAUAUCAACUCAUUCCUUAUGAGGAACAAAGGUAUCAUUGCUGUUACAAACAAGUGUUACCUACAUGUUUUGUCUGGAUGUAUUAAAGGUGAAGUUUGUAAUUUUGCAUCUUUGUUAAAAUCUCAUCUCUAAUGCCAAGCAGCUGUAUUUUAGGGUCACUUUCUUAUGAGUAUCAAACUGCAGCUGUAUGAAUUAUGGCUUCAGAAAUCUGUUAGAUGUCAUUAGGGGUGCACAAAUUACAAACUUCACCUUUAAAGUCCGUGUAAAGUCAUUUAGGAGAAUUGUUUUUAAACGUAUUAUAAAUGUUAGAAAUGUAUUGCUGAAACACGUUUCAUAUAGUACUGAUUUGUGAAGUAACAUCGUUAAACAGCUUUUCCACAUUUUUGUUUUCAGGAUUAUUAAAAUAUUAAAUAUUAUAAUAAAAUAAGUUAUCAAAUUGUAGGAAAAAUAAGCAGGAUUCUCU